AUGGACAUCCUCGAGAGUCGCGAAGCAUCGCUGCGGUCGAAGGUACUGGGCGCGUCGACAUCGCCACCAGCUGCGUCUGCACUGACCGAUCGCCUCCUGCGGCUUCAUUCCCAACUGGAUCAUCUAUCGGCAGCUGUGCCUGGAUCCACAAAGCUCCGUGAACUCUACGAGGAACAUUCUGGCCAAUUACAGCUCGCGUCUGCUGGAGUAUUUGCCAAUCAAAACUCUCGGCCCGGUGACGAGCUGAAGCGCGCAGCUAUUUUGGGUUCUGCAGACCAUUUGCAGCAGAUAUCUGCCCACUUGCAGCAGCUUCAGCGAUUGACAAGCGUCUUGGACCAAUUGCGAGCUCCGGACGAGCGGGACCAGGAAAAGUUGACGGCAAUUGAAGCCAAGACGGGACUGCAAAGUGAACGGGCUUUGGCGCUGCAUUCGAGGGUGAACAGCGUGCUAGCAACGUACCAGCAGAUGGUACUCGUGCUGUCCGAGAAGUGCGUUGAGUAUAGCGCGCUGCUGGACCAACUUCAGGUGUAA